CUACCACCUAAUUAAAUCGCUUUCUUCUUAUAUAUAUUCCAGCCUCUCCCUUCCUUUCAUUCCUUCAAAAAGAAAACGUAGAAACUUCUCUUGCAGAAGAUAUACCAUUCAGAGAGGUUAGCUAAUAGCUAUCUAAAAGAUAAUAAAUGGGUGCUGAGAAAGAAGCUGCAAAGAGUGAAGGAGAGAAGAAACCCGCCGCCGACAAAGACGAUGCCAAAGUCAUCUCCGUUUAUAAGAUGGACAUGCAUUGCGAGGGCUGUGCUAAGAAAGUUAGACGUGCCGUUAAACAUUUGGAAGGUGUGGAAACUGUGAAAACAGAUUGUGAGGGCAACAAAUUGACGGUGACCGGGAAAGUAGACCCGGAGAAAGUCAAGGCGAGGUUGGAGGAGAAAACAAAGAAGAAAGUGGAGAUUGUGUCUGCUCCACCGAAGAAAGACGGUGGCGGUGAUAAGAAACCUGAAGAGAAAUCGGACAAAAAACCGGAGGAGAAAAAGCCUGAAGAGAAGAAACCGUCUCCUCCUAAAGAGAGUACGGUCGUUUUGAAGAUCAGAACCCACUGUGAUGGUUGCAUUACAAAAAUGAAGAAGAUCAUCUUGAAAAUCAAAGGCGUUAAGAACGUGACGGUGGACGGAGCUAAGGACUUGGUGACGGUAACAGGAACAAUGGACGUGAAGGAAUUGGCGCCUUAUCUAACGGAGAAGCUGAAGAGGAACGUGGAGGUUGUUCCGCCAAAGAAAGAGGAGGAAAAGAAAGAAGGCGGAGGCGAGAAGAAAGAUAAAGGAGAUGAAAAGAAAGAAGUAGCGAAGCCUGAGAAAAAGGAAGGAGAAGCUAAGGCUGAGAAGAAAGAAGGAGACGGAGGCGCUGCACCUAAGAUGGAGGUGAGCAAGAUGGAGUACUAUCCAGCACCGGCACCGACUCACUGGUUCGAUGGAAUGUUUGGUCAAAGUUACGCCGUGGAGCCUCAUCACGGGUCUUACGCGGUAAAUCAAGGCUAUUACCCUGUAAAUCAAGGGUACCCGAUGAUGAACCAUGGGUACGUACAACAAGGAUAUGUACAACAGGGGUAUGUGAUGGAACCAAUGUACAACCAUCCAAUGCAUGCUCCGCAGAUGUUCAGCGACGAGAAUCCCAACUCUUGUUCCGUGAUGUGAGCGAAGAGAAGAUUUGGUGAUGAAACGGUGGAGAAUGGACGGCUACCAUAAUGAUGUAAAUAAAUAUAAGUAAUAGGGAGAGAUAGGUAAAUAUAAAUGGAUGGAGACGAGAGACCAGUAAAGUAGAAUUUUGUUUAGGUUAGUUGAAAAUGAAUCUAAGUCUACCCGGCCGGCCGACCGACUAGUAAAGCCGGUUCAGUUGUUUGGCUGUUUUAAUCGUUCGGUUGUCAAUUAAUCAUUUCACUAAUGAAAAAAUUUUUCAUACUAAUAAUA